CCCCCCCCCCCCUUCCCCAGAUCGAGCGCUCGCCCCGCCCCGCGAGUCGAGUCGAAUCGAAUUCGGAAGCCCCAGGCGGCGAUGGCGACCCACCACCCGGCGUCCCCGGUGGCCGGCGGCGACAAGUCGCCGUCGACGCCGCCGCCGCCGCUGCGCCUGGCGGGGGGAGGGGCGACGGGGAUCCAGCCCAACUCGCCGCGGUUCUUCUUCUCCUCCCUGGCGGCGGCCUCCGCGUCCGCCUCCUCCCCGCACCGCCGCAUCGCCAUCGCCGUCGACCUCUCCGACGAGUCCGCCUUCGCCGUCAAGUGGGCCGUGCAGAACUAUCUCCGCCCCGGGGACGCCGUCGUGCUCCUCCACGUCCGCCCCACCUCCGUGCUCUACGGCGCCGACUGGGGGUCCAUCCCCGUCUCCGUCGACGACGACGACGCCGCCGACGCCGACGCCCACCAGGCCAACGCCGCCGCCCCGCGCGACGAGCCCGAGGAGGCCAAGAAGAAGCGAGAGGAGGACUUCGACGCCUUCACCUCCACCAAGGCGCAGGACCUGGCGCAGCCGCUCGUCGCCGCGCAGAUCCCCUUCAAGAUCCACAUAGUCAAGGACCACGACAUGAAGGAGCGCCUCUGCCUCGAGGCCGAGCGCCUCGGCCUGUCCGCCAUGAUCAUGGGCAGCCGCGGCUUCGGUGCCUCGCGCAGGGGAAACAAGGGGAGGCUCGGGAGUGUUAGUGAUUACUGCGUGCACCACUGCGUCUGCCCUGUGGUGGUCGUGCGCUACCCUGAUGAUGGCGCGGCAGCUGGUAGUGGAGAGGCAGUGGGCGAUGAGCUCCGCACGGUGCCUGAGGAUGAGCCCGUCUAUCAUGAAGCUCCCGAGGGGCAGAAAGAAAAUUGAGGUGAAAAGAGACAUACAGAUCACAAGGAGAGCGUGCUUGCUGAUGCCGAUCCCUGUGUAACUGAGUGGCUGCUUCUGUGUUCUGCUCCGUGUUGCAUUUCUAGCUUGUAUCAGACUUGUAGAUCUUGCUGCCUUUUGCUUCCUGAGAGACAUUACCCAUGUUGUCCAGAUGAGAAUAAUCUAUUUCUGCAGAAUUGUAGCUUUUGUUUGGCCGUUUCAUCUAUGCUCCGUGGGACAUGAUUCCCGGCCGUGCCAAUGGCAUUUCUUGGCCUAUAUGGCCUUGCCUGUAUUCUGUUCUAGCCCUGUUGUGAUCGGUGGAACUCUUGGGUGGAUGUUCGGUCAUGUUUUGUGGUUUGAGGCAAUGAGGCAUCGUUGAGAUGCAAAACGUUUGGCGCCACAGGGCAGACGAACUGAUGUUUGGAUUUCUUGCUGGGGUAUGAACUGAAGAUCUUACAAUGUUUUCCUGUGUCUCU